AUGCGCGACUCUGUCAAGCUCCACAAUCGCAAGACUGCCAAAGGCGCUGCACGCGGCGGUCGAAUGUGGCCGGGAAAGACCAAGCCGUUGAAGUCAGUCACUUCGAACAAAAUUCACGCAGCGGUGUUCCCGCACAUGCGUGUUCCAAUUCAUAUGCGCAAGCAGCAAACCAAGAAAGGACACCCUGGCUAUGGAUCCAUCACUUCCAACCUACGUACUGAGGAUGUGCCUGUCAUGCAAGUUCAAUGUCCCAUGCCUGGCGGCACUUCGGUCACGGUGCAGACUGAUCCGGUUGAAAAGAUCACCUGGGGCCCAAUCUCCCGCGUCGAAGCUAGUGGCCAUGCAAAAGACCUGGUCAAAGAAUUGCGCAAGGCUGUCAAGGCUGCGGAGAAAGACAAGGCCAAAGCUGAAGACAACAAGGACAAUGGGAGUGAGUCUGACGGAGAAGCGACAAGCAAACCUACCAAGUUGCCUAAGAAGAACGAGUCGACGAUUGAGGUCAAGCAUGACGACAAGCCUACUGGUGAAGGUGAAAUCACAGAGCAUGGUGUCACGCCUGAGACUGCGUCCAUUGCCGACACUGACGUUACCAACAACAGCAUGGCUGUUCCUACUCGUUGUGGAUUCCGAGCCCCUCCAGUAACCCCUGGAGAACAUGUUGUUCUCGGAUCUCCAUCUACUGAAGCUGCCUUAUCCAUGCCGACUCUCCCCAUGAUGCACCAUAUUGCAGAUACCAAGUUGGUUGAACACUUUCGCCUGCAGCACGCCAAGAACCCGGAGGCUUUUGAGGAAGAAACUUCGGCAAUCAGACAAGGGCUCAUUGAUGCGAAAGUCAAUCGAGGCGGAAUUCCCAUCUUGCUGAGAGAAGAGUACACGGUCGAGUUGGCAAGCCGCGAAGGUGCAGAGAUUGCUGAGAAAUGGGCGAAAGGCCAGGCCAAGAGCUGGGAGCAUCCUAGUCUGCGCAGUCGUGGCAACAGUCUCAAGAGCCAGCCCAGUUCUGGCAGCUUGAAGGCGCGUGUCGGCGAUGUUGAAGGCACUGCACCCAACCCCAGCGCUGUGAAGAAGGAAAAUCGCGAUUGGCGGUUCGUCGUCUGUCCUGCGCCACACCCUUCUCCAGCUUCAACUUUGCCAGAAACAGAACACGACAUGGCAGGUCCGACAUUGGAACUCCCGCCUCCAAUCCUGGAGCACGAACCGUCUAAAGACAAGCUCAGCACUGAAGACGGCAAGCCGUCUACCAGCAAGAGCGACUCAAAGCCUAAAGAAACCAUCAAAGAAAUCAAGAAGGCAUUGUCUCGCCUCAAUGUCGCUGACAACGUCUCCAAGAUCACGACCUACGGUACUGUCCGCCACCAGUCUUCUGUCAAGCGCGAAGUCGGCGAUCACGGCGAGAAGCGCACCGUGAAGACAUGGAUCGAAAUCACCGAAGUGUAUGAGGUGCCGAAACCACAGACACUGACUGUCAAGGACAUUGUUGCGGCGGUGGAACAGGAAGCCAGAGACAUGCAUGUGGGUAAGGGCGAACCGGAGCGUCAUGACCGCGGCGAUGAGGGUGAGAGCGACAACGACCUUGGCGAGAAAGAUACCGCGAGCAUGAAGAAGGAGAAGAAAGGGAAGACGAAGACUUCCAGCGACGAAUCGUCAGGCUCUCCCUCGGAUACCUCUUCUUCCUCCGACAGCUUCCAGUCCGAUGGCGCGUCUGACCAAGAGUCUGACGACGGUGUGGGUAACAAUGUCUACCACGAUCCCAACGAGGCCGGUGUCGCGGCUGUGUUUCGCUCCCUUUGCCGCCUUGGAGAAGAUCUCGACGCUGGAAAUCUUGCACGCAUCUCCAAUGACUUCGGUGCAUUGAUUGCUGGAUUGCAAGGCGAGGGAAGUUUCAACAUUACUAUGGAUGGUGCAGGGCUGCACGCAUGGUGA